AUGGCCUUGAAGGACAGGAGGAAUAGCUGCUACCAAACCAAUGGUACCCAGAUGAGCUGCUUUUCUCCGAGUGCAUUUUCUUGGCGUCAGGCUGCAUACGUGGAUUCCUACUGUUGGGCUGCAGUUCAACAAAAGCAGUUGUCCCAGAGUGAAUCAGGGCAUCUUCCACUCUGGCUUCAUAAAUUUUUCCCAUACAUCCUUCUGCUGCUUGCAAUCUUGCUGUACUUGCCGUGGCUCUUUUGGCGUUUCACCGCAGCACCCCAUCUUUCUUCAGAUCUGAAAUUUAUCUUGGAAGAACUUGACAAGGCUUAUAACAGAGCCAUCAAAGCUGCAAACAGUUUUCGUAACUGCGAUGCCAGAGACACAACCAGCUCCCCGCCUCCCAUUGAAAAUAUUGCACAGAGUUUAUGGGAGAUCUCUGACAGCCACUUUAAGUACCCUAUUGUGGAACAAUAUCUGAAGACAAAGAAAGCCUCCAAGAACUUAAUCAUCAAAUACAUUAUUUGCCGUUUGCUAACACUGAUUAUUAUCCUCUUUGCUUGCCUCUUCCUGGGUUAUUAUAUCAGUCUUUCCUCAAUGACCGAUGAGUUUAUUUGCAACGUCAAAACUGGGAUACUAAAAAACGACACGAAUAUUCCAGAACGAUUUCAGUGCAAAAUGGUUGCCGUUGGGGUCUUCCAGCUGCUGAGUUAUAUCAACUUCAUCGUGUAUGUGCUGAUCAUGCCGCUGGUGAUCUAUGCCUUCUUCAUUCCAUUCAGGCAGAGCUCAGACAUUCUGCAAGUAUAUGAGCUUCUGCCAACAUUUGAUGUCCUCAAAGUCAAAGCAAAGCACUACAAUGAUAUGAGCCUCUACCUGCUCUUCCUCGAGGAAAAUGUGAGUGAGCUGAAAUCUUACAAGUGCCUCAAAGUUCUGGAGAGCCUCAAAGGCAGUGGGGAGAGGUUUGAUGCAAUGCAGCUCCUGAGGAACCUUGGUUCGAUUAAAAUGGACGCGGUGGAUGCCAAGCCAAACCCCAUCCCCAAGGAGUGUAGAAAAAAGGCUGAGGCGGAAAUCCCCGAUGAUGCAGCAGAACUAAAAGAUCUUGCUGACCCAAAAUUGCCCGAUGACACAGAAGGAACAAGUAAAGAUGGCAAACUUCGCCAAAGGCUUCUAGAUUCUUCUUGCUGAUGAAUUCAGUUCAUGGUUGAUAGGUGCUAAAAGCUGCCCCUAACUGCCCAAGCAUAAAGCCAUAUCUACUACACCACAUGAUUGCCUUCCCAUUAAGUUUACAAGGACUUGGACAGAAGAGCGAAUAAUCAUUUGAAAAUAUUUAAGCUGUCUGUGUUUACAUGUGUACAGUUUACAUGCAUAAUAUGCCUAGAGGUACACUGAUGGGGUGAAUUAUGUCAAUUCUGUUAGCGGGGAAGUUUGCAAAUUGACUAUAGAGGGAGUAGUCAAUUUGAAGGAAAAAACAGUAAUGUAAGAAUACUUCAGAUUGGUUUCACAAAUGUGCAGACAUCAUUUGAUCUCUUCAGUUCAUUAUUAUCCAGUAUCUUCAGCCAUAAUAGAGUAUCCAGAUUGGGUCCCCAAAUAACAAAUGAACAGCAAUCAAUACACAGUUGAAAACUUAAUAGUGACAUUACAAAUACCCAUCGUGUAAAUAAGUCAAAUACCUUAUAUUAUAUUCUUUGAUCUAUAAUACUUUGAAUAGAACUAUGGAAGCAAAUAAGUUUCUCCACAAGUAGCUCCAUGGAUAAGGUGUCAGUUACACUUCUCACUUGUGCCAUCUUCCAUGUAGAACUGGUGACUAUCUACAGGUGGCUGAACUCCUACUAUCUCUCCCAUUAACCAUGCUGGUGUCAGCAGCUGGGAGUGGUACUUCAACAGCUUUUGAAAAUCCACAGCUUCCAUGCAACAUGGAAUACAAUAUAUUCUGAUAAUAGCACCCUUUAUAGAACUAUCUUAAAGUGAGUAGCUUCAGGCUAGUGGAAUGGAAUACAAAAGAAAUGGAAAUGCUCCCUUGCAUCUUACCUCCGGAUAUAUGUGCCUGCCUGUUUUUUCUGUACUUCAUUGCUAUAUACUCGAAACCAGCCUAUCAAAGCAACUAGAACUGGCAGGACUGUGUUUACAGCCUGGACCAAGACAUGUAGAGAGUAGCCUAUACAAAUAGAGAAAUACCAGCUUUGAAUACUUCUCUACCCUUAAGGAGACUUUAUAUUGUUCUACAAGGUAGGUUGAUUUUUGCAAGUAAACCUAGAAAAAGUUGUUCUUUCAACUGCUUAUGGAGACCAGCUUAUGCACCAGCAAAAUACUGUCUUUACCUGAAUGAAAUAUGUAGAAGGUAGAAGUCUUUUUGAUUCUUACUGAAUUCAUGGAUACAGUUUUCUUGACAAGAUGGAAAUGAUUUAUCAGUGUUGCCUUCAGGGAUAUUUUUCUAACUUCUAGAUCAAGUGCACAGCCACGUGAUUUCCUGGUGAACUCCCAUGCAAGUACUAACUAGCUGCAACCCUGCUUAGCUUUUUCAAGUUCGUCUAGGUAUUGUCAUCUCUUGUGGCCAAAAAGGAGAUGAUCCCCUGCACUCCAAUCUACCCUCUACAACAAAAGGAAGGCACUGUUACUACAUUGUCUACUAUUCCAAGAUGAUAAGGACAGAAACUAAUCUUCCUUUCAGAGAAAUGCUGUAUAAUCUAGUCAUUCCUCCUUUACAACCCUGCAACCACUCAUGUAAAGGAGCUGUGAAGGUGCUACAAGCAGGAAUAUUAUCCCUACCUGAGGUAUCACAGAUAAAAAGCCCUUUGACUAUCUAGAUUCUUCAGUGAUGAAAAUGCAAAAACCAGAGAAUUGUCCAUCUGUUUCUGGAAAAGGCAUUUCAGUGUGCUUCUCAAAGGAUCUUGUAAAGGCAGCCUUAAAUAUCACCUUUCUGCCCUGGGAAGAUAUUGUCCAACUAUCCCAGGCUGCUGUUUGGGUGGAGUAACUUCACACCUUUGUUUCAAAGGGCAAGCUCAUUUCCGGAUAGAAGUGCCACCAUUAUACUAACUGCCUUUCUGAGAGCAUAAUCUGCAAGUCCUCUGUGCAGAUAGAUUCUAUCUACCUAAGCUUGCAAUAUUCUGAAGAAUUUGUAUUCUGAAGCUGAUCUGUUGAAAUUUCACCAGCACUGUUUACUCCAUCAGGGAAGCAGUGAAGAGAUCUGGCCCAGAGAUAAAAUCUUCUGAGGUAAGGUUGGAGGACUUUGGUAUCCUUAUAAAAAUGAAGUGAUUGAGACAGCCUAUCAUGCUCAUUUUCAAAUAUUUAAAGGGCUAUCACAUAAGUGAUGGAGCAAAAUUGUUCCCUUUGUCCAGAUGAUAGACCCUAGCCAAAGCUGAAAUUAUAAGAAAUGGGAUUAUCAACAAAAUGUUAAGAGGGAAAAACCUGUUUCAUGGUAGAAAAAAAUGUGUUGGAAGUAAUCAGUUCUGCUUUUUAAAGCAGAAGCAGAAUGAAUCAAUCAUGGAUGUCACAGAAGUCAGUUUUCCAUAAGAGGAGCAGAUAUGAUCAGACUAAAUCAGAGGGUUUUUUCCCUUUACCCCAAGAACUAAAUUCCAAUAGAAGAAUAAUUCUGAGGGACCCCCACAGAUGGUGGGUGAUGUGGAUUAUUUUAUGAGACUUCAAAAUAACUUUGAAAUCAUCAAAAUGUCUACAUCCCAUUUUCUUGGAGACUGCCAUUCUAAGGAGGCAGCAAAUGAUAAUGCACUGUAUUAUUUAGGUUCAAGGACAAAUUGUGGGUAACUCCUAUUAGCAGAAUUGCAAACAGAAAAGUACAGCUUUCAUUAUCUGAGUCUCUGCAAAUCUACUCAAAGCAGGCACAAUCCUGUAUCUGCAUUUCUUCUCAGAGAAAAAGUGGCAAAAAUAACUUGCACAGAAGUAAACAUGAACAGUACAAAAUCAUAGUCUUCUCUACAUCUACAUAGAAAUAACCACAAGAACUAAUCUUGAAAUCAUACUGUAUGUCUUGGACAUAAUAUAGCAUAAAGAGAAGUACUCACAAGUAACAAUUUUCAGGAGCAAGUGUGAAAUUAUUGGCAAACAAUUUUAAAAACUCAGCUCUUUAUUAUCAAGGCUGCCAGUAACUAGAGAUUUCAAAGCAUUGUGAAGAUUAAUGAAACCAUUCUGGAUAAAUAGUUGCUGGUUGUUCUUCAUGGUCCUUUCAAGUCAGUGAUUCCAUAAGAAUUGGACAGAAAUCUAUGAUAGGAUUAAAAUCAACUGCUAGAUUGUCAGCAUUCAGAGGUGAUAUUAAUUAAAAAUAGAAACCGAGUACUAAAAGUGCACAAUGUCUUUGCAUUUCGUCUCCCUUAUGUAAUAUAAAAUGGAAACGGCUUACUGUAAACAGUGCUUUGCAUGGGGUAAGGCAUAGAUUUGACUCCAGCAUCUGUAUAUUCAGUUUAAAAAGUCUUAGGCUGUAGGUGAAGAGAACCUUGGUUUAACUUGGAGAGACACUGCCAGCAAUUGGCGGAUUGACAAAGACAGACUAAAGGUUCAGUUAAGUAGUUUUGUUUGUACCCUCAUGAUGGGGUUACAUUCAUUUUAGCAGAUUAGGUUUGCAUGGAAUACCUGCAGGAUGACAGGCCAAGUAGAUGGGAGAACUUGGAAAUAAUACUGUAGUAAUGAUGAAAUAGUGUAACUGUGUGGUAUGGCUGUAAUAAAAUUGUUAUAUAAUACCAAGAUGUUUUAAUUCUGCAUUCUGACUGGCUGAAUACAACUCAUAUUGCCUGAGUUGUAUUGGGGUCAUUCUAGUAUCAUUAUUCACAGCAGUUUAUAAAAUUCUUACCUCCAAGAAACCUUAGGCAUGA